AUGCACGGGGUCGAAUUGGCCGAUGAUCUCAUGUCAGAUCCAAUUCGAUUGGGCUUCAUACAACGAGCUCUCGAUAGUGCUAGUUUGAUUAUACAGACCCAAUUCGAGUCUGAGACAUUCCGACAGUCAUUUCACUAUACCAUGGAUUACAAUGGAACACCUACAUACUACGCCAUAGGCUUCAUUCUCAAAGCCCUUCCCAUCGCUCACGAAUUCGUCGACUGCAAACGAUUAUUGGUAAUGCUGCAACAAGCAGCGCGAAUGUUUGAGCAAGCCGGCGCUAUUGAUGCUGCAAAUGAGUUGCGAACAGAUGGAGAAAGAUUAGCUGCUCUGACACAGACAGUCGUCAGCCCAGAGGUAUUCACCAACUCGGAGGCGCCGUUUCCGACGUUGUUUGAUAUUCCGUCCUUUUUCGAUGAGAUGGUUUGGGAUGAUGAUUUUCCAGCAUUGGGCACGCUUCCACUUGAUUAA